AUGAAAAAAGUUGCACGGCAACAACACGAACUCAAACAUUCUCACUUCGGCCUAAAAGAGCGUGUUGACCUAGCCUGCACAAAAAUCGAUACCUAUCAAGAUAACUCAUACCAACUGGGAGAAUAUGCUCUUCAAAUUCUCGGAUAUGCCCAGGACAUCUUGGUAGCAGUAAGUAAGCUUUCCACUAUUCCUCCUACCACUUGUGCCGAUGAUGCUAAAAAGGGGGAAAAGAGAGAUGACGACAAGGAUAAGGAUGAUGAUCAUCCGAGAAAUAACACGAAAGAUCAGUCUCCAGAAGCAAGACACUCGCCUUCUCGAACACCAAGAGACUCUGGCCGAAGAAACACAAAUCCAUCCCAUCCUCCAUCAAGGUCUCGUGGUCACCAUUCCUCAAAGCCAAGAUACCAUGGUCGAUACCAAUCCAGAUCACUUAAGCCUCGCCAAUCUUUUGGUUCUGAAGCCAAGUACAUCUUCACGGGAAGUGGUAAACGUUUUGAGGGUUGCAACGUUCCUACCUGGCUUAAAACAAGAGACAAUCACACAAGGCAAGAUCACAUAAGCACCCAAAACGAAAGGAUCAAAAGAGAAAACAGAGAACUGUGGAAGAAGCAUGAUGAAGAAAUCAAAAGAAGAGAGGAUGAAGCAAAGGAAAGAGAAAGAAUCAGGAAUCUCAUCGAAGAUCUUUCUAGUGUAACCAAAGACUCUCCACAAAGUGUUAUUCACAAUGCAGCUUUCAAAGUGCACAAAGAGUCAGGAAAAAGUUAUCAAGAAGGAAUGAAUUCGUUUCAGCUAAUUUCGUGGUGGAAAGCUGGGAUAGUCGAAGGAAGAAACAUUCGUGAAGUCUAUAACAACUACACAAGCUUAAAUAUCAAAGGAAAACAUGAAGAUCUUGUCAAGACGAAUCCGAUUAAGAUCUUCAGAAAAAAGAUCAAUGAGGAAAUAGACUUCAAAAGAAUUCUCAAGCAACAAAAGGAAAAAGACGACAAAGAACAUAAGGAAGCUGAUCAACAGAAGUCAAAGCUCUUAGAAAUGUAA